AUGGCCUCGGAACAUGAAGUCGCCGCCAUAGCGGCGCGUAAUGAACAAGACGACGAUAUCAAGACUGUCCGCUCGACCGAGCACCCACUGGACUAUGAGAACAAGACCAAUGCCACAUACCCGCCGGAGAAUGCGAGUCGUCGCAACCCCGCCGGCUCGCGCCUCGGCUCCCUACUGAGAGCCUUCGAGCAGCAACUUGUCGAGUAUAACCUUGAGGCGCGGGGCAUUGAGCGAGUCGCGGCGGACGAGCGCAUGAAGCGCUUGUCAUGGAUGUCGUAUCUGCAAGCGUUCUUGCUGUGGGUAUCGAUUAAUCUCGCGGCGAACAAUAUUACCCUGGGCAUGCUGGGCCCGGCGGUGUAUGGACUCAGCUUCACGGACUCGGCGCUCUGUGCUGUGUUUGGUUCAUUCGCUGGCUCGCUCGUUGCCGCAUGGGUGGCAACCUGGGGCCCCAUCUCGGGGAUUAGGACUAUGGCCUUUGGCCGCUACUCGAUGGGCUGGUGGCCGAGCAAGAUUAUUGUUUUGCUGAACCUCGUUCAAAUGAUAGGGUACUGUUUGAUUGACUGUGUGGUGGGAGGGCAGAUCUUGUCUGCUGUUUCACCGGGUGGCAUGUCGGUUGCUGUGGGCAUUGUUAUUAUUGCAAUCAUCAGUUGGGUGGUAGCUACAUUCGGCAUUCAAGUCUUCCACUACUAUGAACGAUUUGCAUUUCUGCCCCAGCUGAUUGUUGUGUGCAUGCUUUUCGGCGUGUCGUCUACCAAGUUCGACGUGUCGGCGGCCUCUCAAGGUGAUCCCCGGACGUUAGCCGGUAACAGGCUAUCGUUCUUCUCCAUUUGCCUCAGUGCGGCAAUCACUUACGCCCCUCUGGCUGCCGAUUUCUUCGUAUACUACCCCGAGCACACCUCCCGCCGUACAAUCUUCACCCUGACCUUAACCGGGCUUGUCCUCUCCUUCGCCAUGGCCCUAGUCUGCGGUAUCGGUCUCGCCUCCGGAAUUGGCGCCUACCCCGAAUACGAAGCAGCCUACAACCGCGGCCAAGGCGCCCUCAUCGUAGAAGGCUUCGGGCCCCUCCACGGCUUUGGCAAGUUCUGCUCCGUGAUUGUCGCCCUAGGGCUCAUUGCCAACACCGUUGCACCCACCUAUUCCGCCGGCGUCGACUUCCAGAUCCUCGGCCGCUACGCCGAAAAGCCACCUUCUGAAAUCUUCACCAAUUUCCUCGCGCUGAUGGGCUACUGGGUGGCUAUUUGGUUCGCGAUCUUGAUCGAGGAGUUCUUCUUCUUCCGCUUCCGCACCGGAUAUAACUGGGCUGCGUGGCGGGAUCCGUCCAAGUUGCCUAUCGGCAUCGCAGCAUUUGUGGCGUUCGUUGUCGGCUGGGUUGGUGCUGUGCUGUGCAUGGCGCAGGUGUGGUACAUCGGGCCACUGGCGAAGCUUGUUGGUGAAUAUGGCGCCGAUAUGGGCAACUACGUCGGUUUCUCGUGGACGGCGGUUGUGUAUCCGCCGCUUCGGCUUCUGGAACUGCACUUUGUUGGUCGCUAG